AAUUUCCAUGGCGCUGAUCAAGACUGCGUACCUCGUCCUGUUCAAUCUCGCGAGCAGCCUCGGCUGGGCGUACGUGCUCGGACAGACGUUCCAGCUCGUGUAUGCUGACCAAGACAUUGCGUUGUCGUCGGCCAAGCUGUGGGGUGUGAUUGAUACCCCGUUGAAGGUAGUCCAGACGAUGGCUGUGUUUGAAGUCUUGCACGCCAUGCUCGGGCUCGUGCGCUCCCCUGUCGGCUCCACUCUCAUGCAAGUGAGCUCCCGAUUAUUUCUCGUGUGGGCGAUCAACGUGUUGUGCCCAGACUCCCGCUAUCACUGGGGAUUCAUCCUCAUGGUGGCAUCCUGGUCCCUCGUGGAAGUUCCGCGCUACGCCUUCUACGCUCUAAACUUGUUGGAAGCGGUGCCUGACUGGUUGUUCUUCCUCCGCUACCAUUUGUUCAUGGUGUUGUACCCCAGCGGUGUCACGGGCGAAGUGACGUGCAUGGUAAAGGCGCUUCCCUUCCUGUCCACGGGCGCGUACUCGAUCCAAAUGCCCAACACCCACAAUAUCUCCGUGUCGUUGUACGUGAUCGUCCUGUUGACGCUCGUCGUGUACGCCCCUGGCUUGCCCUUCAUGUACACCCACAUGAACGUCCAGCGCAAGAAGGCAUACGCCAAGAAGAAUGAAACCAAGACUCUAAAGAAGGACUAGACAAGUUCACGUUUCCAUCGUCCAGCGUGAUGGCGGCUAAACGAUGUUUUUUGCUACUUCCACCAACCUUGACCUGUUGCAUCACCUCCGAGCUUGAUCCUUCGACACAAUUCAACGGCGCCAGUCCAUCUUUUCUACAUCAUCCACGACUAUUCUGAACGAAACACGGGCUCAAACACACCUCAUAUCGAGUACCCCUCGAGCCUCCAUCUACGACGUGCAUUUCGUUGACACAGCACGUUUAUCAAUCCCAGAUAUGCGAUGACUUGCUUCUCCACCCUCAUGCGCCAAAUCUCGUCCAUGAGAAAGUUGUCGUGGCGAAGGACAGGUGAAACCCGAUCGCGUGAUCAAGUUCACACAGGAUGUGGAUGCGGUCGCUGUAGCAAAACUUGUCGCAGGUACUGGCAUCGCGCGCUUGACCG